UCCUCCUCCUCUUCUCGUCGCCGUGCUACUCUCGCUUUCUCUCUCUCUCUCUCUCACUUGUUCCCCAAGGCGAGAAGCAGCCGCCGCCGGCGAGCGUCGCGGGGGAGGGGAGGGAAGGGAGGGAGGAGCGGUGGAUCCGGGCUUGAUUGGAUUGGGUCGGAUUCGAUUUUGGAUCAACCCCGGAGGGCGGGAGCGGUUGCUACAGAUGCGUUGAGCUUUGGUUAAUCUAUCCGGCGAGAGAUAAUGGGCGAGCUUGCUGAUCUCGUUGUCGUGCCGUCGCAGCCGCCGCUCGCCGGCGGCCGGCGGGACAGGCUGGCGGCGCUGCUGGAGCUCGCGGCGGCGGAUGAUGUUGAUGGGCUCAGGGGGGCGCUCGCGGAGGGAGGCGAGGAGGCGGCGGAGUUGGCUGAUGGGGUCGGGCUGUGGUAUGGUCGGAGCAAGGCGUACGAGGCGCGCACGCCGCUGAUGGUGGCGGCGACGUACGGCAGCGCCGGGGUGGUCUCGCUGCUGGUGGGCCUCGGCGGUUGCGUCGACGUCAACCGUCGCCCUGGAGCCGACGGCGCCACCGCGCUCCACUGCGCCGCCUCCGGUGGCUCGCGCAACGCCGUCGCUGUUGUCAAGCUGCUUUUGGCCGCUGGCGCCGAUCCGGCCACCCCCGAUUCCGCCGGCCGCUUCCCCGCCGACGUCAUCCUAGCUCCUCCGGCUUCGCCAGAUGCCCUUGGCGAUCUCGAGGUGCUCCUCGGCCGCCGCCGAGCACUCGCCGUGGCGACCUCGGUGGCUUCAGGUUCGUCAUCCCCUCCGCUCUCGUCCUCACCAGAUGAGGGCAACAGGUCGCCCUCGUCGCGUUCGUCGUCGCUGUCUCCCAUCACUGUGGAUCGUGGGAAGAAGGAGUAUCCGGUGGAUCCAACUCUGCCGGACAUCAAGAGCAGCGUGUAUGCUUCGGAUGAGUUCCGCAUGUUUGCGUUCAAGGUCCGGCCCUGCUCCCGUGCCUACUCACACGACUGGACUGAGUGCCCGUUUGUGCACCCCGGCGAGAACGCCCGCCGCCGUGAUCCCCGCAAGCACCCAUACACUGCUGUGCCUUGCCCCAACUUUCGCCGGCCUGGUGGCUGCCCUAGCGGCGAUAGCUGUGAGUUCUCGCAUGGCGUGUUUGAGAGCUGGCUACACCCAUCACAGUAUCGCACAAGGCUCUGCAAGGAGGGAGCAGCUUGCGCCCGUCGCAUUUGCUUCUUUGCCCAUGAUGAGGAUGAGCUCCGCCAUGUGCCUCACAACAGUGGUGCCGGCCUGCUGUCUCCCCGCGCUUCUUCAUCCAUUGAUAUGACUGCUGCAGCUGCGCUCGGGCUUCUUCCAGGUUCUCCUACCAGACACUUUGCACCGCCGCCUGUGUCACCAUCUGCUGGGAGCAAUGGAGGAGCUGCUGCUGCGCAUUGGCUCCAAGGCAGUAGGCUGCGUUCUUCUUUCAAUGCAAGGGAUGCUGCUGUUGAUGACCUUGGCAUGCUCCUCGAAUGGGAAUCACAAUACCUUGGGGCACUCUGCCUGCCACCCAGCAGCCGCCCCCAACCACGCCUUUCAGCUGGUCUGAGUAUCAGGCCAACAAUUGCUCCAUCCAAUCUUGAAGACAUGUAUGCUUCAGACAUGGCAAUGUCUCCGAGGUUCCCUAAUGACCAAGGUCACUCAGUCUACUCACCAGCCCACAAAUCAGCCCUCCUCAACAAGCUUCAUCAACAGAAGGGCCUCUUAUCACCUGUUAACACCAACAGAAUGUACUCCCCAAGGGCUCUUGAUCCGUCAUCUUUGGCACAUUCUCCAUUUGGUGGCAUGUCUCCCCGGUCCCCCCGUACCAUGGAACCUACAUCACCCCUAAGUGCUCGUGUAGGAGCCCCUGCCACACAGCGGCCUUCUGUUGGUUCACCACGGAAUUCCAGUGCUUGGGGCACCGUGGGGUCCCCGAUGGGUAAGGUUGACUGGGGUGUCGAUAGCGAGGAGCUAGUCCGCUUGAGACGCCCUGCACAACCAGGGUUUGGAGAAGAUGAGACAGAUGUAUCAUGGGUGCAGUCACUGGUAAGCAAUGCUGAGCUUAAUGGCAAGAGGGGCGAAGUACAAGGCAUGCCUGGUACUUCUGCAUUGAUGAACAGGCCUGACCUGAACAAUCAGGGUGACUUGUUGGACCAGACGGUGAUCGGUGCUUGGCUUGAGCAGAUGCACCUGGAUCAGAAGUGAUUUCCAAGGGAAGCCAUGAAGUCCCAAAGUGGAUGAAGCCUUUAUUUUGCCAAGGUUAUUUACCAAAGAAUAGUUGUUGGUCCUAGUAAAUAAUAAUUUAUUCUUUUUAAUUCUUGAAAUUUUUGGUGGGCAAAGUCAGAGAUGGUGGUCAAGUUCAACAAAACAUUUGGUCACAGAUUGGUAGCUGAAAUCAGUUCCAGAGAUUGGUAAACAACCUCAUUACUUGGGGUCCUAACUAGUAUUCUUUUGAUUAGCUCAGAUGAGUCUUUAUUUUAGUGGGUUAAAAUUCAUAUGUUCCCCAUGGUUAUUAUGUCCAUGAUCUCUUCCUAACAAAAGAGAGAUUAUAAUUGUCCAUUUUUCAUUUAUCAAUGAAUGAUUUUGUUAAAACAAUGUAAGUUACAUUCUUAAUUUUUUCUCUGUUCAAUGGAAUUACCUUCCUUGGUUAGUCCUCUA